AUGGAGGCAGACCUCGGAGCCGUGCCGCAGAACGAUGCUCUGAAGACAGACUACAGCACCUUCGUCCUCCAGAUGCUUCGCUCCCAGCCCAACACCGUAGAUCAAGCUCUGUUGCGCCAUUGCAUCGGACUAUCAUCUUCCUACCUCGUCACAGACACAACCACUGCUCCCUCGCAGACCGCAGGAGUCCAGACAUGGUACUUGGGAUUCAACAGACUGGUUGACGUUGUCGUUGCACUCCAUUCACUGGGGUCGCUCGAGCUCGAAACCGUCAAUGCUGCGAGCAAAGCUUGUUCAGAGUGCUGGACAGUUGCAGGAUCCUGGAGGGGACUUGAGAUUGGCAAGGAGCACGUACGUGAAGUUGCUGGAAAGCUCAGGCGAUUGCUAGAUGAGAAUGGAAGAACAUAUCGUGGAGAGAGAGUAUAUGCACCCUAA